GAGAUUUUCCAUCCUCAAUAACUUUUAGAUUUCUCAUCUCUCUAGCUCCCAUCUCUUUACUCUCUAUUUCACAUCCCCAUAAUUCAUAAUACACAAUCACACAUUAAUAUAAUAUUUAAUGGGGAGGCAGCCAUGCUGCGACAAGCUAGGGGUGAAGAAAGGGCCUUGGACGGUGGAGGAAGACAAGAAGCUCAUAAACUUCAUACUCACCAACGGCCAUUGUUGCUGGCGUGCUUUGCCAAAGCUGGCCGGUCUCCGCCGCUGUGGAAAGAGCUGCCGUCUUCGCUGGACUAACUAUCUCCGGCCUGACUUGAAGAGGGGCCUUCUCUCUCACGAUGAAGAACAACUUGUCAUUGAUCUUCACGCUCAUCUCGGCAAUAAGUGGUCUAAGAUAGCUUCAAGAUUACCUGGAAGAACAGAUAAUGAAAUAAAAAACCAUUGGAAUACUCACAUCAAGAAAAAACUUAUUAAGAUGGGAAUCGACCCUAUGACCCAUCAACCCUUAAACCAAGAACCUUCUAACACCGACCCGUCCAAAACCAUUUCCUCGAAUCCAGAUGAUAUCUCAAAGGAACCAAAGACAGCCAGCACAAAAACCUUGGACAUAAUUAGUGGCACGACAACAACAGAAGACGAAAGCAGUAGCACGGUUACUGAUCAAAACAGUUCGAUGGAUAAUGAAAAUCAUCUACUUGACAACAAUUACAAUGAUGAUGAGUUGUUUAGUUACUUAUGGUCCGACGAAACUACAAAAGCUGACGCCUCGUUGGGUGAUAGUAACUAUGGCGCCGUUGGUGGAACAUUAUAUGACAGUAAUAAUAUUUCCACCACCGUUUCAGAUCUUCCGAUAUGGUCACCCGAAGGAAUCAACGACAAAGAUUGGAUGUUUCUCGACUAUUGUCAAGACUUUGGUGUUCAUGAUUUUGGGUUUUGACUCUUCACUAUUGACAUAGUGGCAGCUCUCUGGAGAUGAGUCACAAGCAUAUAAUGUAUAUGUGUACACUAUAAAUGUAUAUGUAGUAGCAUAAAAAAUCCAUGUAAAGCAGUAAGGGUGCACCGUGGUUUUCAAGUAUUGUUAAUUAGGGUAUGGUGUAAGGUUUUGUCAAAGUCAGGACACCACAAGUUUAUUUAGUUUUCUUUUGUUUUUAUAUUAUGGUGUAGUCAAAUAAUUCACAUAAUGCCAAAAGCCUAAGAAUGAAUAAUAUCA